UCCAUUCAUUCAUUCAUUUCUUUCUCUUUCUUCAUUUAUCUCUCGCCCCCCACAGCCCAUCCACUCUUUUCUGUCUUUUCCUUCUUCCUCUUCCCUCCUCAUCCUUCUUCCCCGUCUGUCAUUUCUAGCAGAGCAGCGGCAGCAGCUACCAGUUUUGAUAUUGGGGUUGAUGAUGUUGCUCCUCCUCUCUUCCUUCUCAUCCCCAUCAACCCCUUUUCUCAUUCUUUAAUUCUUUUUCCUUGGUGGGUUUUUUUUGUUUUGAAAAAAAAAAAACAUAGUAGGAAGGAAAGGAGGAAUAAAAAUCAAAUCUGAGAGAGAGAGAGAGAGAGUUGUACUGGGCAGAAAAAGAAAGAGAGAAGGUGAACUAGUCCAGCACUAACUCAUAGGAGAGAAAGGAAAUCACUUUCUGCCCUCUUCUCUCUCUAAUCUUUCCAGUUGUCUAAUCCCACCCUCCCUUUUCCCAAUCCUUAACUUCCCCCAUCUCUUCUACCUCUUUCACCAACCUCCUCUUUGCCCCCACCUCAAUUCCCCACUCUCUUCCUCUCCGAGAUCCGCCGCUUAAUGUACCACCUGAUACGACACGACGCCGUUCUGACAGCAAGAUGCAGCAGCAGCAAGGAGGAGGGACGCCGCAACCCCAUUACAGAGUGGUAGUUCCUUCUUCUCUUCCCGAAGCCGCUACUACUACUACUACUACUCCUGCUGCUGCCGCUGCUGCUCCGUCCAUGGCGGUGGAGGCCGCGGCAGACCAAGCGCAUGUCGUCGAGGAAGCCUCGCCCAUCAGCAGCAGGCCGCCGGCUGGUGGAGCAAUCUCCGCCGUCAACUUGGAUGAGCUCAUGACUCUCUCCGGUGCCGCUGCCGACGUGGCGGCAGAUCAAGGCGGUGGAGGCGGAGGCUCCGGCGGUGGAAACAGAUGGCCGCGUCAGGAGACACUUGCCCUUCUCAAGAUUCGUUCCGAGAUGGACGUGGCCUUCCGCGACGCCACUCUCAAAGGUCCCUUGUGGGAAGAUGUUUCCAGGAAGCUAGCCGAGUUGGGUUACAAGAGGAAUGCCAAGAAGUGCAAGGAGAAAUUCGAGAACGUUCACAAGUACUACAAGCGCACCAAAGAAGGCCGCGCCGGGCGCCAAGACGGCAAGAGUUACAAGUUUUUUAGUGAGCUGGAGGCCCUCCACGGCACCGCCUCUAGCCCCACCGUGUCCGUGUCCGCUUCUCCGCCUGUCCACGUCACCGCCCCGGUUUCUAUAGGGUUCGGAGGAUCCAUCAGCAAUCCCGUGCCUCUUUCUUUCCGGAUGACGACGACUGGGAAUACUUCUCCUGUUCCGGUUAUGCCCUCCCAAGGUCAGGCUUCAAUUCCAGUAAUGCCCUCCUCCCAGCCCCCGCCGGCCAGCACCGCCGCUCCCAUGGACAUCCAUUUCUCCUCCAACAGCUCGUCCUCCUCCCGCGGCGAGGACGACGACUACGAGGACGACGAGGGGGAGCCGAACACGAGCAGGAAGAGGAAGCGGGGGACGAGGGAGAGCGGCGGGAGCACGAGGAGGAUGAUGGAGUUUUUCGAGAUUCUGAUGAAGCAGGUGAUGCAGAAGCAGGAGACGAUGCAGCAGAGGUUUCUCGAAGUGAUCGAGAAGAGAGAGCAGGAUCGGAACGUAAGGGAAGAAGCUUGGAAGAGGCACGAGAUGGCCAGGCUUUCUAGAGAGCACGAGCUCAUGGCUCAAGAGCGAGCAAUUUCGGCUUCCAGAGACGCCGCCAUUAUUGCCUUUCUGCAGAAAAUUACGGGCCAGACUAUCCAGUUGCCUCCGCCGCUUAACGUCCACAAUGGCCCCCCGCCGUCUGUGUCGGUCCAUGCCACGCCAGUAUCAGCACCGCCACCUCCGCAGCAGCAACCUCAUCAGCAUCAACAACAGCAGCAGACUCCAACUGCCCACAUUUCACGGCAUCAAAUUCAAACUUCGAUCCCUCCGAGUCCUCAGAUGGAUAUAGUUUGUGUGCCCGAUCAACAGGUGGCGGCGCCGCAGGAUAAUGUAGUCAGUAGCGGAGGAGGUUUCGAGGCGACUACCUCAUCUUCAAGGUGGCCAAAGGCUGAAGUUCUCGCACUGAUAAAGCUGAGGAGCGGAUUGGAGACCAGGUAUCAAGAGGCUGGGCCGAAAGGUCCACUCUGGGAGGAGAUUUCCGCAGGGAUGCAGCGAAUGGGGUACAAGAGGAAUCCCAAGAGGUGCAAAGAGAAAUGGGAGAACAUCAACAAGUACUUCAAGAAAGUGAAGGAGAGCAACAAGGCCAGGCCUGAAGAUGCCAAAACAUGUCCUUAUUUUCACGAACUUGAUGCACUCUAUCGGAAAAGGAUACUCGGCGGUGGCCCUAGCGGGGGAAGCAGCAGCUCAUUGGGUAAUCAAAUUAUUCAACAACAAGCACCGCAGCAGCUGAAAUUGGAUUCUACUACUCAAGGAACAGUAGCAAAUGCGCCACAAUUAACACAAGGAACUGUAGCAGCAGCAGCUGCGGAUCAAUCAGUAAACAAGAGUGGAGAUAAUAGCCCAAAUCUGCAAAAAAAUCUCUUUGGAGAUGCACCUGAAGAGGCAGCCAAGAAGCCAGAAGACAUUGUGAAGGAGUUGAUGGGGCAACAGCAACAACAUCAUCAUCAUCAUCAACAACUUCAAGUACUCAACCAACAAGGGGUACAGCAGCAAUUAGUAGUAGAAGACUACGAUAGAGUUGAGGAAGCUGAUAGCGACAUUAAUCUCGAUCAAGAUGAGGAGGAGGGCGACGAAGAUGACGAAGAGGAUGAAGAAAUGGAUGACGAGAGCAGGAAGAUGGAUUAUAAGAUAGAGUAUCAGAAGCAACAGAACACAGGCCCUUCAUCUAAUGGGGGAGGCAAUGGGGCGCCCUCCUUCUUGGCAAUGGUUCAGUGAUCAAUCUCAUAUGAUGAUCUCGAACUUACCUUCUUGGCCCAAAAUCUGUACAAUAUGUACGUAUCUACAUGUUCAGAAGCUCAAGUAAGAUACCUAACAUCUAUCUGAGCUUGAAAAUCAUUGAUAACCUUUAAUUCCUCCACUUCCUUUCGUUCAUUUUGUUGUUAAUUUUCUUCUUUCGGUCUCCAUCAUCAUCAGUCUUCUUCUGUUUUUUGUUGUUUACCUUCCUUCUUCUACAUCCUUUUCUUUUCUACUUUCAAUUGGGUAGAGGGAGUUUAAUGUAUAGCUUCUCUGAGAUGAAUUAAUAUCUUGGAUGGCGAGUACUCAUCAGCAUUUGUAUCAGUUUUUCCAAUUUAUUGAUUUAUUGGUGAAUAAAGAACCGUUUUCAAGGGGAAAAAACGGAGAGGGGGAUUGGAUUAAAGACACUGGCAAAAUAAGCUGCAGCAGCAGCACCUUCAUAGUUGUCCUACUUAGUUGAGAGAGAGAGAGAUGAGAUUUACAGAAGAAAACAAAUAAUGCCCUGCGCGCUGAAAAAGAAAAGAGAUCGGAGAGAAGUUGGCAGUCUCAUCAGAAGCAGCAGAAGCAGAUGAUUCAGUUUAAUCUUUUUUCCUUUUCAUUUUACUUUUUAUUUAUUUAUUUUGUAUGCUCUGAUUAAGUUUUUUGAGAUCUUCUUUGUAACUUGCUUGGUUUGCAUGAAUGAACAAACUGAGCUCCACAGAAUUCAUCUUCACAAUUUACUUUGUUCAUCAACCAUUCCCGCUUU